AUGGCAGCUUCUGACGGCGCAGGAGGAGGAGGAGGGGGUGGUAAGGAGGCGGGAGAGGGAGGUGCGGGAUUGGUGCUCCCGCCCACCACGCCCUCCGAUCCUGGCACGCCGCCCACCACUAGGACCCAACACGCCCCUGGGAGGCGAGUGUCCGCCGCCUCCAGCACAGCCUCGGGUGCUUCUCUGGCCUCCCUACUCGCCAAGCUUCACCACCCUCCCUCUUCAAGCCUCUCUCUAGAAGGCAAGCUGAGGAUACGCGCCACACUGGAUUGCGGAAGUGACGUGUUGGGGUGCCGGUUCUCUCCUGAUGGGGCGCAGGUGGGGGCAGCGCUCAGGUCCGGACAAGUCAAGCUCUUCACCAUGGCCGGCACGCUUUCCUACACCCUGCAGGUUCCCGGCGAGGCCCAGCGCACCAACACCGCCGCCACGUCUGUCGUGUGGGUGCCCGGAGCCCAGGCUCAGACACUUAUCACCACAUACUCCGAUGGGCGCGUGGUGUCGUGGCGCGGGCGCAACCUGGGCGUGGAGAUGGGCGGGGCUGGGGUAGACGUCCGGGCUGUGGCGGUGAGUGGACUGGAGGGACAGGUGGUGACCUUCACGAGGGAGCAGGUCACCCUCAGGGACGUGAACACCUUGGCGCCCGCCCUAACAUUGGACCCCGGAGUGGGCGGCCAUCUGGUGGGUCGCGGUCCUCUGUGGGCGGUGUGCGGACGUGGGCGUGAGGUGAUCGGGGGAGGUUCUGGCCUUACCUGGUGGGACGCGCGUACAGGGGUGGCCAUCAGAAGUGUGGGCGGCGUGCACGUGCGUGGUCCCGCCCUUGCUUCCAGUACUCAUUCCAGCAAGGUACUGAGCGGGAGCUGGGGAGGAGGACAGGACAGCGUUAAGGUGUGGGAUUCUUCCACAGGCAAACUUACCCACGUGCUCCACUCUGAGGCAGCGCACACCUCGGUGUACUGCGUGGCGUGGGUAGGGAAGGACACGGUGGUGGUGGGUGGCACAGACCCUAACCUGCUAAGACUGACCACCCUUGACAACACGACAGUGGGCGUGAUGCGGGGUCUCCGUCAGCCGCUGUGGUGUGUGGACGCCCACGUGGCCCGCCCUCACCAGGGGACGCGGCUCGCCCUCGCCUCAGGUUCCACCCUCUACCUCCUCGAUGUUCUCAAAUAGCCUCGCCUUUUCACCCCUUGACCCUCGACCUUUUGACACCACGAGCCUGUUUUUGUUGACCCAAUGACGCUGUAACGUGAGGUAUGCUGGCCUGUUGGGCUCUUUUUCUUUUGUUCUUAUUUUGUGUCUUAUUUAUCUAGUUAUUUUUUGGUAUAGUGAUAGAGUAAAUUAUAUCAUAGUCUUUUUCCUUUUCUUCCUUGUUGCGAUUUUUUUUUCUAAUUUUUGUGCCUUUACGUGGAGUUAAAGUAGAUUAUAUCAGUCGCAUUACAUUUAAGUGAUGAUCAUUAGUGUUCCUUCUCUCAAACUUCAACUCUUGCUUUCAUUUCCUCGUCUCUCACCUCCUCAUGUGUCAGGUGUUCUUACUCAGUGUCUUCUUUUAUGUUUUUCAUUAUUAUUCUCUUAACUUUCUGAUUUCUCUUCCUUAUUUUCUUUGUGUGUGUGUGUGUGUGUGUGUGUGUGUGUGUGUGUGUGUGUGUGUGU